AUGGCUUUUAAAGCUCCAGGCAUCAUGUUCCUGUUCAUGGCAGAGGAAGAGGGGAUGGGACAGCUCCAGCAUGACCUCCUCGGUGCUUUUAUAAUGAAGAAACUCUCUGCCAAACUACCCACAAGCCUUCCCUUCUUGCCUCACUGUCUUGAACUAUGCCUUAAGAACAGAUGGGAAAUGGGGAAAAAUUCUCAGGGGCGGGGUCAUACUCUCAGGACUCCAUUGCGUGCGGGUGUGCAUGGGCUGUGUGGAGCUUGUCGCUGGUCCCUGGCUAUUUUGGAACAGAUUCUAAGUCACUGGCUAAAAUGUCAAGUCACCUGGUUUAGCUAUGAAAGUCCUCGGAGCUUCAGGGAUUGUAUCAGAGUGGCUUGCCGCAAAGUUUCACAGACCUGCAUCUGCAGCAUUGAAAAUAUGGAAAACGUCAGUUCCUUCAGAGCUAAGGGUAGAGCCUGGAUCAGAGUGGUACUCAGAGAGAAGCAUUUAUCCGAAUAUAUCUCCACAGCCCUGGGAGACUUCAAAACAACCAGGAGAUUUUAUGAAGAUGGAACAAUUGUUUUGGGUGAGGAAGUAAAUAUGCUUGCUGGCAUGCUGCUUGAACUCAAUGCUAUCGAUUUCAGCUUUUCCAAGGAAGAGCGAUUGGACGGCCACUUUCCUGCUAUUAUAGACUAUACACCAUAUCUGAAGUUUACCCAAAGUUCUGAUAAUAUCAGCAGUGACGAGGAGGAGCUGAGGACUUUGGGUAGCAGUGGUAGUGAAAGCAGGACUCCAGAGAAUGUGGGGCCUCCAUUCAUCACGGAUGAGAACAGUUGGUUCAAAAAUGAGAAGGCUUUUAAAAAAUUUUAUAGAUCCUCCAAACUAGUAAUUCAUUGCAAACUGUACAUAUUUACUCUUCAACUGAUGUUUUAUAUACUUAAGUGUAUCUUAGUGACCAGAGAAUAA